GUGAUAAAAUUUAAAAUGUCUUUGACAAUCAGCUCCCUGUGCAUUAAAAAGAUUGCAAUUCACAAGCAACUUUCAAUGGAAAAUAUAAGAAAACUUAUUACAGAAGCUGAUGGGUACCAACCUCAUCUUAUAGCUCCAAAACAAGGAUACCGUCGUCUCAUUGAAUCCACUCUAGUUACUAUCAGGCGCCCUGCCGAGGCAGCUGUUGAUGUGGUUCAUUCCCUAUUAAAGGACCUGGUUCACAAAGCUAUUAGCGAGACUCUGCAACUACUCUGCCCCCAACAGUGGAUACUAGGAUGUCAAUCCCAAAAGAUAAUGAUUCUGGCUAUGUGAAGGGGAUCAAGCUUCCUUCUGGUGCCAAGAAGGUUGUGCCAAGUGAUUGUAGGGCUAUGAUUGGGCAAGUUGUUGGAGGUGGAAGAACUGAGAAGCCCGUGUUGAAGGCGGGUAAUGCAUACCAUAAGUUUAGAGUGAAGAGGAAUUGCUGGCCCAAGGUUCGUGGUGCACCUCCUGGACAGAAGGUUGAUCUCAUUGCUGCCAAGAGGACUGGUCUUAGGGGACAAGCUGCUGCAAGUGCUGCUAAGGCCGAUAAAUGAGAAGUUUAAGUUUAGCUGGUUUGAAUAGAGGAAGGUAGAAUAAGAAAAUGAAUGAGAAAUUUUCAGUGGAUGUUCGAAUAUGAUUUUCUAUACUUUUUG